AUGUCUAAUCAUCACGAUAUGCCUUCAAACGGUGAAGAAACAAGUUUAUUGAAAGAGGAACCUCUUCGACUUGCCGCUGUUCCAUCCAGCUACAAGCCGGAAUACAAGGCACCCAGCUACCCAGCCCCAAGCUACCCUGCACCAAAGUACCCUACUCCUAGCUACCCCGCACCGGCCUACCCUGCAUCAGCCUAUCCUGCACCAGCCUACCCUGCACCAGCCUACCCCGCACCAGCUUACCCUACUCCCAGCUACAACAAGGAUAACAAAUACGCUGGUAUCACCAUCACCAGCCAAUCUGACGAGCGCAAUCUCGAUGGCAGCAGCCAAUGGAGCUAUGCCCAGUCUGACUACACCACUCGCGAAGAGUCUCAGGUCCAGAAGAAGAUGCAAGGAGUCACCUACGAUUCCUACGGCAAAGAAUCGUACGGUGAAGUCCUAGGCAACACUAACAAAGGAUCCUCUUACUGGGUUUCCCCUGAAGGCCAGAAGUUCACUUUGACCUGGGCCGCUGAUGAAGCCGGUUUCCAGCCCAAAGGUGAUCACUUGCCCGUCGCCCCCGUCCACGAAUAUGAGCUCCCUGUUGCCGCUGUUCACAUCCCUUUCAACGGCAAAGGCUAUAAGAUUUACUAAAUUAUAUAAAAUCCUGUCUGAACACAUUAUUUAAAUUUCUGUACUGAAUGCACUGACAUUCUUGUAUUAUCGGUACAAAAAAUACAUGUUAAUAUGAA